CCGUCUUGCCCCGCUCCCUAACUCCUGAUCAUCUCAGGGCUGGCUGGGUCCUUCUCUCCCUCCACGUGGCUGAUCUCAGACCGCCUUAAGGGGUCGCCAGCCCCUCUUCCCCUCGCUGGUCAACUUGAUCCGCCCCUACCUUGCUCUCUGCUGGGAGCCCGGAAGCUUGCUGUAAACCGAUCUCUCCGGGUGGUCUUGUGCAACAACAAACUCUCCAAGCCUAGAAGAUGAUGGGAAUGAAAAUGUUCACCAUCUUCUCUAGCAGUCCUCUAAAAGCUGAGGAUUCAAAAUCGAAGGUCAAAAGUGAGGCCCCCAAGCCUUCAACGUCUUCCGAAUCAGAACUUGACUCCACGUCAAUCGAAUCCUCGACAGAAGAAGCUCUGCCGAAGGACAAGGUGGAAACUGAAAGUCAUGGGUUGCCUUCGAAAACCAAUGUCACAUGCCAUUGUACUCCUGAGCAAAAUAACAAGAAGAAAAAGAAGAGGAGACCAUUGCAGGAAAAACUCAUUGAUGGUCUGAAGUACUUUGCACUUGGGGAAACCAGAACAAAACCCCUAGGAGCAGGGAAGGACCCUUCAAACAAAAAAGAAAGCAAACCACUUACAGCUGGCCAAAUCAGGGAGCUGAUUCAAGAUCAAAGAUUCUUCGAUGCCAGCCAACAUCUCCUAGCCAUGGAGAGGGAAUACGGCAGUGACAAUGGCAGCGAGCGCAAACAGGACAAUGUCGACCAUCAGAGUGAAAUUGAAGAUCUGUUUGGGCUUUUGAAGCAAGCGGUCCUCAGGAUCAUACGUUCGUCUGUUAGCAUCACACAGGCUGAGCCAGAACUCCUGAGGGAUGCAGUGAGGACAAUAGCAGAACAGGUGGAGGAGGACAGGAGAUGCGCAUUGGAAGAAAAGGCAUCUGGGAAAGCUGUGCAUUGCCGGCCCAGAAGAUGGAAGGACGAGUGGAGGAGUACAGUCCAGGAGUCCGUAACCGACAGAAUGAAAGAGCCUCCGUUUGACAGCAACGAGGGCCUCUCGACAACUGCCCACAGCUUCCUGCACAUGGGGAAGACUAUGAAAGAUGACCUGAUCACUGUGGUGAAAUACAUCAAGUGCCAUUACCCGGAGGACUUUCAAGUGUGCAGCACCUAUGCGCAGAUCUACCACCGAUGCUUCUCUUCUCAGCUCGAGAUGGUUGCUCAGUUUGAACUGGGCAGGAAAGACACUUACCUGCUCCUCACCUGGGUGCAGAAUAUCUAUCCAAAUGAAAUCAUAAACCACCCCGUUUUAGUGAAAGACUUAGACAAAGCCCAUCUCGAAAGCCUUUUGCCGCCCAGGCAGAUCAGACAGUUUGAAGCAGCGUACCUGACAAAUGAAGUGGAUGCAGCUAAACGCUCCCUUGCUAACUGUCUGCAACUGGAAGUCAAGAAGUGGGCAGAGGGAAACGAGCCACCAAAACUAGCUGGUCACUAUCACAGCGAACUUCAUAUAGAUGCCAUCCAGAUUAUCCACAACAAACAAAAAGAGGCUGAAGGCAUUUCUGCACAGCUUGCCAAGCAAAUGUCAACGCUGGUUUUGGAAGAGUUCCUGACCUUUCUGAAAAGCUACAAGAAGGCGCUGGACAUUUUCAUGAAGGAGAAGAAGAACCUAUACUUUGAAGCGACAGUAGUUACAAACAUGAACAGUUGCCUGGGUUUUCGGUCCCACGCUGAAAAAACGCCUGGACAGGACUAUAUCAGAGUGAAAAUUGUUAAUGCCCUUCGUGACAUUGAGACCACCGGCUGUGAUGUGCUCGUUCAAUGCGUGGUUCAGGAACUGCAGCCUAUUUUUAGAAAGUUUACCCAGAGGAAAUGGGCUUCCUGCACUGAUAUUAUUGAUGAAAUCAUAGCAACCGUCCUACAUCACAUUUCUACACUGAGAGCUCUCAAAGACCCUCUUCGCCAGGCUGUCAUUGAGAAAAUUCACUUCUUUCUGGUCCAAGAGUACAUUUCAAGGCUUAUGAAGAAGAAGGUUAGCUUGAGGACCCCAGAACUGCAAAAGAACUUGUCUGAGCUUGUCCAACAGCAUGCCUCUAUUCUGUGCACGUUUUGCUUCGAGAAUGGCUCCAAUGCCAAAUGGCUGAGUUACGCUCUCCCAAGCCUGGCCGAAAUCAUCAAACUCCAAGGUACAGAUACCGUCAAGGUUGAAGUCGGUAUGCUUGCCAGUAAAUAUCCAGAUAUCAGCAAGAAGCAACUGUCCGCCAUCUUGUACAUCAAAGGAAACUUGUCCUACAAUGAAACCAGAAGCAUCCUGGAUGUGCUGGACAUUGAGGUAACUGCUACCUUACCCCACAAACACUUGUUUUCAACAAUCAGGGCGUGAUGAGCUUGCCUGUUGCCUCUUGCUUGACUCAAACAGCUGCCAUUCAUGGGAGACCUGAAUUCAGCAGCAGCCUCCUUCCAGACUCAGCCACUUAGUUCGAAAACCAACCCCAGGUCUUGGUUUUGGAAAAAGCAGCUUGAUCUUUAUGCCGCUACCAGAAUGCCAGGAUAAAAUGGAAGUUGGCUGGCUCAUCGCCUUAGAGGUCCCGCCAGAUUCAAGGUCCUGCGAAGUCUCCAGCAUUUCCUCUGCUGCCUUUGUUUUCCCCAUCUCGAAAAUGGGACAGAAUUCCUGUCGGGCUACCUCACCUGGGUGGUAAUGAUGUCAUGCCAAAUGGAAGCCUUCAUUUCCUGUUCCUGGUUAAAGCACUUAACAGAAAAGCGCAGUAGCUCUUCGGACAUGUUUCUUCCUUAAAGGGGAAUAGAAAGAAUCCUUUGUAAAAUGGAUGGAGGAAAAUGGAAAACUCCUCAAAAUGUAAACACACUUGGAAUGUAGUCUUGAUUUAUUUUUUAUUAAAAACAAAAUGAAGUAGAAACUCCCAAAAGCUUCUUCUUCUGUGAAAAUUGUGAUGUUUUGCUCAAUAGUAUGUAUUGAUAACGUACUAGCAUCUCGAUGACAGUCUGUGUGAUAUAAGGAUUGCUGGUGGUGUGGCUUAGGAAUUCGGUGCUACACUUGGACCUGGGUUCAAGUUUCUGCUUCGUCCACAAAAGAUGGUCUUUGGGCAAGUCACUCUGUCCCAGCCCGCCCCCUCUGUAUUUCAUUUCUCUUUUUUAAACCUUUUUGUAAACCACUUUGACGGCGUCAGUCUCUGGAGCAGUUUGUAAAUAAGAUAAACAGCCAACCUCACAAGGUUAUUGUGAUAAAAUCAAUGAAGUAUUUUCAUGUACGCUGCCUUGAGCUGCUUGGAACAAGCAGGAUACAAAUGUCAAUAAUAAUAAUAAUAAUAAUAAUAAUAAUAAUAAUAAUAAUAAUGUAUCUAUAAUAUGAUUGUAAAUAUGCCACUGUACAGAUGUUCCCUCAGUGUUUGCUUCUCAGUCUCCUGGUCCAUAGUGAUUGUUUUGCUAUCCAGUGUGGUUGUCGUUUUUUUUUAGUUAAUGGCACCCCAAAUUGCCAUUGUAUACCAAGUUGUAUAAAAUAAAGAUGCACUUAUAAUAUUUAGUAAAGGUGUCGUUGAUCCCUUCCAAUCCUCCAGCUUUUAGGAGCAUGUUUUGAAAGCCAAGGGUUAGAAUUUGCCUACUAGAGAAAGUAGAAAGCAAUAACAGAUACGUGGUUUAUGCUGGAAGUAAGACAGGAGAGGAAAAAAGUCUGGAAGCUCGAAUUUGAAGGCAGGGCAGGUCCUACUGUUGUGUAACAUGGGAUCAAAAUUCUUGGGACGCAAUUAAAUCAUGGAUUUUUACACUUUAGGGAGACCGGAGUAUUUGCUACCCACCAAUGUCAAGGGGAUUUCAUAGAAUCAUAGAGUUGGAAGAGACCACAAGGGCCAUCCAGUCCAACCCCCUGCCAAGCAGGAAACACCAUCAAAACAUUCUUGACAUAUGCCUGUCAAGCCUCUGCUUAAAGACCUCCAAAGGAGGAGACUCCACCACACU